AUUGUAUAUAGAUAUCUGUAAAAAAUAUCUUAAAUAUUUGUUUUAGAAUUUCAUAGAUAAAAUUAACUUGUUUUAUUAUAACACAAUUGUUAUAUUUUAUUCGUAAUAAAUUAUUUGUACAGUUAAAUAUGAAUAACUUUAUCGGAGGAAAGUGUUUAAGCGUGAAAUAAGAUAAUUCGAGUUUAUUUCAUUGGUCUUUUGUCGAAACUAGAAACAUGAACUUGGACACUGAUAUUUCGAAACGAAUGGACAUGGAAGGGACACGUGAUACACCGACACCACGGACAUCGAGUACACCAAAGACACUCAGUACAGACCGCACAGAGAAAUCUUCUGAAAGUCGGAGAGGGCGGAAGUUAAACUUUAGAACUGUUGCUAGACUUGUUAAAUGGAGUACCGAAGCUGCCAAGAACGUGGACAGAAAUAGCCCAAAGCAUAUUCACGACUGGACACAAGGAUUUCACAAAGAGCACGACGAACAGUCUGGAUACGAAUUGAACAUGAGACGCAGCACGGUCGCAGACGUCACGCGUAACGCGCGUCGUCGAUCUUCUACAACAGCACAACGUCAAGGUCAAGUACGAAAACAGUCUGUAGGUUCGGUUGUGAAGGAUAUGGAUAAAUCUAGACCAAGCAUUUCACAUCCAAGAUCAAAUUCUAGUCUUCUAAGUAUGGCAGUCAGAGAAGAGGUACAAAAACGUCGAUUGAUGUCAAAAUUUAAGUUUAUUGUACGCCUUGGUUUGCUGGUCCAUAGAUGGUGGAAGAAACAUAGUCAUUCAGAGGUGUCACAGACACACCCAUUCUAUAUGCAAUAUCAGAUGAUCAACGAUCUCUCACAAUCUGACCCUGAUAAUGCCAUCCAGUUCAAAGCCUCAUAUUUUAAAGCCAACAAACAGAUGCGAAUGUCGCAAGAAGCGAGGCGUAUUCUUACAAUGGAGCCGGAAGAAAGAUCAAAGGAAGAAGUAUACUAUGCAAUGAUAGCAUUACGAGGUAUUGACUGUAUAGCAGAUUACCCUCUACGGAUGCAAGAAGCUCUUGCCAGACACGGAAUGUUCCAAAGUUUCGACCCAAAGCGAAUAAUAGUGAAACAAGGACAUCCUCCCCUUUAUUUUUACUUCAUUUUGUAUGGGACAGUGGUUGUAGCGACGCUGGACACCGGUGAGCCAUAUGCCAAAACGAGAGUUACAUUGAGAAGGGGAGAGAACUUCGGGGAGUUGGCAAUAGCACAUAGAAUACCGCGUCAAUCUACUGUAUUAACAAUGGAAUAUACAGAGUUUCUAACCAUUGAUUGUGAUACAUAUGAGAAUAUAUUUAUGGCCGGUGGUGUAAAAACUAUACAUGAUCCGGACCAUAACAAUUUUAUGAGAUCAAUGUAUUUCCUACGAGACUGGCCGCUAGAGAAAUUACAAUCAAAUCCAAAAGCCUUGGAGUUUUGUUAUUUUAGAAGAAAUACAGUAAUGGUAAAGGAUAGCAACAUGUCUGACUGGAUUUACAUAGUCAAAUCGGGAUCUUUACGAGUGUAUAAAAAGUUACAGAAAUGUUAUCCAACUGUAAAUAGAAGAACUGGUAACUACACAGAGUUGGCCAACACGGACGGCUACCAUUGUUUUAUGAGUCAAGAGUCCGAGUAUCACCGGUAUGCCAUGUACAAUCACGUGCCGUUACCACCACCAUUGUCACCGGAUACAGACUCGGACGAGGAGGACCAUACAUUUGUUCUCUUUAAAACAGGAGGUAUAGUAGAGGAGAAGGAGAAUCUUCUAGCGUUACCAUUACUACAGAGAGUCGAGCGUUUGAUACGACCUAGAACAGCAACAGGCGGUGUCAUAGAGACGUAUGGUCAUUCUAAAUUUAGUAAAGCUAAGAGAAAUAUACAAUCGGCAAAGAGCGAUGGUAACAGAUUACAGAUGACUGCAUCCACCCCGAGGGCUGACUCAUCGUUUUCUACUCCUAGUACAGCAGAUAUCUCAUUAGACAUUCCAACACCAACGCCUGAAGUACCGUCGGGAAAAAGAACUCUAAUGGACGACUUUGAGAGUUCCGCACGAAUGAAGAAUGUAGAACAUGAGAAAAAGUUGAUGACAUCGGAACGCAAUAGUUCGGGCGUUCAUAUACUCGCGCAAUCUGACGUCAAUCCAAACGCCAUCAGUACACGUCAUCACGUCUUUGUCACAGAUGUGAAAAAAGAAAUAACUGCAGCAGAUCUAGAUCCUGAAUUUGUACUGGUGCAAACUUUAACAAAAGGACAGGCUUUCGGUGUACAGCACACACUGUUGGAGAACCAGCCAAGUUUGAUCCUCGUUAGUGGAGGUGCCGAGUGUGUCAUGCUAAAUAAGAAAUUCUACAAGGAGCAGAUUGAUCCUAAUAUGAUGCAGAACUUAAAACAACAGAUAUCUCCAUUUCCAACAGAUGAAGAGCUACAAGAAAAUUUACAGAUCCGGGUGAAUUGGUUAAAGUAUAAAAAGAUCACACUAGAGAAAUUAAGACAAACUCAACAAGAUGGUAAACCACCAAAACAAACAGUUAAAAAUAGACGACUAGUAUUCAAAUGAUAACAACUGUGAACUAGUAUUUUAAUUAUUGAAUGGAUGUUUGCCGGUGUUUGUUAGUUUUAUAGAACUUGCAAUAAAUCAGAAGUUAGCCUUGAAGAAUUGGCAGUGGUUUAUUGAACUUCUUUAUUUCUGAGAGACAUGUUCAAGAUACGAAUGUUAUUCUGAGAUUUGCAACAUUUGUAAUAAAAUACAAUGAUAUA